CCGAAGAAGAAGAAGUCGGUAAAUAUGGCUGCGAAAUUCUGACGGUGGUGAUUGAGAACAACGGAGAUUAUAAAAGACCAACACUCAGACGUUUUGUUCGUGUUUUAGUUAAACAGCUAACAUCUUAUUUUGCUUUAGGACCGUAUCUCUCCGGAGCCGGCGUCAUGGAAACAGAGGAGCAGGCCAGAAACCGUUUCCAGUCGGAGCUGGAGUUCAUCCAGUGUUUGGCCAACCCAAACUACCUGAACUUUUUGGCUCAGAGAGGUUUCCUGAGAGAGAGGCCCUUCAUUAACUACCUGAAGUACCUGCUGUACUGGAAGGAGCCUGAGUACGCCAAGUUCCUCAAGUAUCCUCACUGCCUGCACAUGCUGGAGCUGCUGCAGUACGAACACUUCAGGAAGGAGCUGGUCAACGCUCAGUGCGCCAAGUUCAUCGACGAGCAGCAGCUGCUGCACUGGCAGCACUACUCCAGGAAACGCACCCGGCUGCAGCAGGCGCUGGCCGAGCAGCAGCAGCAGCCACAGCAGCCGCCGCACGGGAACGCUGCCGCCAAGUGAUGAUGCCGCUGGAGGUGGGAGUAGACUGUACAUAGGAACGAGUGGGAUAGUCAACCUGUGGAUUGUAGUUCAGCUGGAGUUUUGAGACUGAUAUGGAUGUUUGAGAGUUUAAAAAUCCCUCAGCAACAAUCAGCCAAUUUUCUUUUUUCUUUUUAUACAUAAACAUGUAAAUAAUUUUUAUAAGAAUCCCUUAAACAUGGUUAUUAAAGAGCUGUGAGCAGGA